AUGAACACAAAAAAUACUUUUACAAGUGCUACGUUUCCAAAAGCAAGUGAGAUGAAUAAUAAACCAAAAAUUAAAGUACCUGAUUUGAGUAGUGAACUGUACAAAGACCAAAAAAUAUUUUAUCAAUUUGAUACUUCUAUUAUUCCUCCACCUUUAUCAACCACAUCAUGUUUUAUACAUGAAACAACUAAUAGUGAUCCACAUUUAAUACGCAGUACAAUGUACGCUCUGCCCGACACAGUAAAAUUUUUUGAAAAUUUAAAUAUUCCACUGGGAAUUGUUGUGACACCUUUUAACUUUAAAAGUGACUGUAGACGUAGUUUACAAUACUCUAUUAGAUGUAUUAAUUGUACUUCGUAUGCUAAUAUACAUUGGAAAAUUAAAAAUGAUAAAGUUUACUGUAAUAUUUGUAAAUAUCCUAAUCCAAUAGAAAAGAUAUGUAAUGACUAUGAGCAACUUAACAGUGUGUUAAAAUACCCCACAUACGAAUUAAAUAAUGUAUAUGAACCUACUUAUGAAUAUAAAAAUAUGGUUGAUUCGGAAUAUUUUCAAAAAAUUUUAUUUAAACAUCCUGUUUUUGUACUUGUGUUUGACACGUCGUACACAUUUAGAGAAGAAAAUAUCGAUGAAAUUAUUAAUGUUAUAAAAAACGAAACUUUUCAGACACUAUAUAAAAAGGUAGUAUUUAUUAAAGGAUAUAGUAUUUAUAGUACUACGAACUAUAAAGAUAUUCUUGAAUAUUCUUUAGAGCUUUCUCCAUUUAUUCCACCAGAUGUUUUUUUAGAAACAGAAAGAAUAAGCGAAGACUUUUUACUUUCCAUUUUUAAAAGAAAAAGUGAUGCAAUAACAAAAGAUAAAAAGGAUUGUAAAAAUAUACAAAACAUUUUAACAAAAAUAUCGCGAUAUUCUUAUGGGUCUAAAGUUAUCGUCUUUUCAGAUAAUAUAACAACUAUUGAAAAUAUUCCUUCUAUGACAAUAUACUAUAUUUCUCCAUUUUCUAGGUAUAAAAAUGAUUUAUACAGAAUAUGUUGUACUGAGACAUUUUUUAAUGUAUCUGUAGAAGUGAAAACUUCUAACGGUAUUGCUAAAAAUGCAGUAUACACAGAUGCUAAAGUAGAAAAUAUUACUAACGUAGAGAUAGCAAGUAUGGAUUGCAAUAGUUCUGUGGCUUAUACUUUUUUUAUUGACGAAUAUAUUACUGAUGCUAAAGCGUAUAUACAAGUUUUUUUAAAUUACUUUACAUAUGAAGGAGAAUACAAAACAUUAGUGCUUAAUCAAUCGUAUAAAGUAAGUAAACAUCCUUACGACAUAUUUAACGGAAUUUCUUUUGAUACUUUAUUCGCUUGUUUCUGUAAGUAUAUUUGUAAAGAGGUUUAUAAUAUUAAACACGUCGAAGAAAUGAUUUGUAAGUUUUUGAAAUUUUACAGAUCGUCUAGCGUUAAAGAUAUCUCGAUAACACAAUUCGUAUUACCCGAAUCCGCUAAAUUGUUACCUGUUUUAUAUCAAGCACUUGUAAAAAACAAUAUUUUUAAUAUAUCAAAUAUGGCAGCAGGGAAGCGGAAAGAUGAUAUUAAUAAUUUAAUAAAAUUUUCUGUCGAGCAAACUCUCAGAUUUUUUUAUCCUAGAUUAUUUACAUUAACAGAUUAUUAUGUAGAUCAAGACUUAGCUAAAAUUCAGUAUUUGAAGCUUAGCAUGAACGUAAUAGAUUCUAAUGAAAUAUUUGUUCUAGAAAAUGGACAAAAAAUUUUUUUAUACAUCGGAAAAGGUGUUGAUCCUUGUCUUAAAGAAGCUUUAUUUAAAAAUGAAGAAGAAUAUGCUAUUUUAAUGAAAUUAGUAGAUGACAUUAAUGGAACGUAUGGCUACGAGCUACCUAUUGUAGUAAUAGAAGAAGGAAAGAGCCCAGGUGAGGCCGAAUUUAUUGGAUAUAUGAUUGAAGAUAAUAUGAAUGGUGUAUGCAGUUACUACGAUUAUGUAUGUGAACUACAUUUUAAAGUUCAAAGAAUAUAA